UUGUUAAGCAAAACUUUAUCUUGCAUUCAUUUCCAUGGCAAUUACAGGUGUCUAAUGGUGGCCGAAAGCUGCCAUACUAGUUACUGUGACAAGGACUAUCGUAUAUACAAUUUUAUAUGAAUUUACGCUGAAGAAGCGGGUUGUUGAGAAUCGGGCUCUUUUUAUUUGGUGGACUUCGUUGUUCUCAUGAGGAGUCACUCUCAGCCUCUUGUUUAUUCUGGAUGCCUAAUCAUGUUCUUCUGUCAUCCACACUUAUAAUGAUAGCCAGUCAUUCUCUCUGCUCAGUGAUUACAGUAAUCAAAGAGGCUGCAGCGGAGGCCACUUCUUCAGUGUACCCGCCACACAAGAAAAUGGAGCUGAAUUGGAACAUUAAAAUAAGCAUACUUAUAUGCUUGUGUGUAGCUGCUACUUGUAGCAGAGCCGAUGAAAAUGGUGGCGUAGUAGGCACAGUUUUGGCGGCGGCAGAAACCCCCAAAGCAAGCCUCGCCCCCGCUUCAACCCCUCCAGCACCACCAGCUGCGACUCCUAAACCCUCCAAAUCGGCUCCAGUAGUGCCGCCGCCAUCAAAAGCUCCGCCUGCAAGCUCCCCUGCAGAGCCGCCGACCGCUAAAGCUCCGCCUGUAAGUGCCCCUGCGAAGCCGCCGCCCGCUAAAGCUCCACCUGUAAGCGCCCCUGCAAAGCCACCGCCCGCUAAAACCCCAGCAAAAUUACCAUCCAAAACCCCAAAAGCUCCAGUCGAAGCGCCAACAAAGCCCCCGGCCGCAGCUCCGCCAGUUUCCGCCUCGGUUCCAGCGGCUACGCCAGUGGAGGCGCCAAGCCACGCCCCUCCAAAACACAAAACACCGCCAACAAUGGAGACUCCGAGUCCAGCACCAGUGGUGGAAUCGCCGCCUCCUGCACAUAAAAAGAAGCAACCUGUAGAAGCCCCGGCCCCGACUGUAGAAGCUCCAGCGCCGGCCGGUCACAAAAAGAAGAAACCUGUAGAGGCCCCUGGACCGGCUGUAGAGGCUCCAUCACCAGUAAUGGAGGCACCGGCACCGGCUCCGACAAAGCAUAAGCAUAAGCCGAAGCACAAGAAGAAGGGCCAAAAGCACCACCACCACGCCGCUCCUGCGCCCGCUCCUAGCCCCCCCGCGCCUCCGCUUUCUCCCGAGCCUUCUCAGUCCGAGGAACUCAGCUCCCCUGCUCCUUCACCAGAUACACCGAACGCUGGAUCGAAGACCUUCGCUGCCGGAUUUGUGUGGAUCACCAUGAUUGCCUCGUCAUUUGUCUUCUUCAUUCUGUAGAUCUCUGAUAUUCUCCAUUGCAGGGCAUGACUACUACUCGUAGUCGAUUUUGAAUCUUUUUAUUCAUUCGUGACAUUUUUUUAUUUGUUGGAUUAUUUGCAGAAAUGAGAUGUAAGGAUGAUUUGUAUUUGUUUACAUGAAAUUGGAGAAUCAUUUUCUUCUCUGCCUGAAAUGAUGCGGUUUCAGGGUUUGUUGUCCUCUGUUACUGUACUAAAAUAAAUUGUAAUAGAGUUCGGUCUGAUUUUCAUA